UAUAUCCAACAACCUGCAAAUUCUCGGCUUGCAAUCGUGACUUAAAAUGAAGACGUGUGGAGUUAUUUGCGUGAGUGGCGACUACGAAAAGUUCCUGAUGCGUUGCUCCCACUGUCCCACCGACGUGGAGCUGGCCCAGUGGCAGGAGUUCGUGCUACACUUUCGGAACAUGCACAGCUUCCUUGUUCCGCUAGAGCAAAAAGUUAUUAAGGAUCAAAUUGAGAAGACACCUGAGAACUUUGUCAUUGAAAUCCAGGAUGAGGAGACACCAGAAACAUUUACCGUGGAAGAGAUUCUGAUGGAUCAAGAGGAGUUCAAGGUGGAAUCAAAUAUAGAGAUCAAUAUAGAAGCGCGAGACUCUUUGCCUGACGAGGCACAAGAGUUUCUGUUUAAUGAAGAGGAAAUUAAGGAGCACCCAAAUAUGGAGAUGAAAAUAGAAGCACUCGACUCGUCGCCUGACGAGUCGGAGGAAGAGUCGGAAGUCUCCGGUGGCUCGGACCAGGAGGCGGAAGUCUCUGAUCCUCCUGGAGAGAAUGCGGAUAUAAAUCCUACCCCCACUUAUAAGUUUCGGCCCACCUUCUUUCGCCGGGAUCCUCGAACGAUUAAGUUCAUAGAGGUUUACAAGACACAUCCGUGCCUUUGGGAUUCUAAACACAAAGACUUUAAAGAGCCUGGAGCUAGCACCAAGGCGUUAAAGCAGAUGCUUACUUCAAUGGAUGCAUCUGUGUCAGUAGUUCUAAGCGAAGGCACUUUGAAAAUGGCCAUUAAGAAGUUACACACACAGUACAACACCGUUCAAAAGAGGGUGUUGUCGGGAAAACAAAAGCCCCAAUCUUUGGCCUACAAUGUGUACACUCUCUGCAGCUUUCUAAAAGAUAGUCGGAUGCAGGAAGAAAGCGGUCGGGAUCAGGAAGAAGCUGGCAAAGGCGGAAAGAUUCAGCUGGAUUUUUCAAAAAAGAACAAACUAACCACGGACCUAAUAAAGAUGUACUCAAACUUUCCGCAGCUCUACGAUCCCUCGCACAAGGAGUUCUGCAGCAUGAGCUCUCGCAAGCAAGCCUACGAGAGUCUGGCUGCAAAGACCUCAGUACCCCAUGAAGUCGUCAACAGCGAUGACAUAUUCCGCGCCAUACAGAGCCUUCGGCAGUGGUAUUACAAGACCAUGAAAUAUGCCAUUAACGCCGGAGACGGGGCGGAAAAGUUCUAUAUGAAGAUGUGUCGGUUCCUGCCGCCCAAGAUGUUUAAGCAGCGGCUGGUCUGCGAGAUUUGCAAACUGGUCAUGUCUUCUGAUCAUGUGCUGCAGGCGCACAUCUUCAAGGUUCACAACAUCGGUGAGCUGCCGUUUAAGUGCACCCUCUGUGACCGAAGUUUUAUGGCCCGCGUUGAGCUUUCGAAUCACAUGCAGCGGUUUCACAUUGGGAAGACGCACAAGUGCAACCACUGCGAGCGUUUUUUUGCCGUGGUCUCGGACUUACAACUCCAUAUUCGGACCCACACAGGACACAAGCCCUACGUGUGCGAGCACUGCGGCAAGGCCUUUCGGCUUGGGUCACAGAUGAAGCUCCACGUCACGGCCAUUCACACCAAGAUUCGGGCCUUCAAGUGCACCAUGUGUCCAAAGGAUUUCGUGAAGAAGGUCGAUUGGUCUGACCACAUGAAAGGCCACCUGAACAUUCGCGACAAGAUAUGCACAGUGUGUGGCAAGGGAUUCACCAGCUGCCACUCCCUCAUCCGGCACCGCCAAAUCCAUUCCGAGGUGAAGAAGUUCGUCUGCAAACUGUGCGACUCUAGAUUCUCGCAAUUUGUGGGCCUAAACUCGCAUAUGAAGCGGACCCACAAUAUUGUACGCAAAAAACAGCAGAAGGACGCAGAAGCUGAUGAUGCUGAGAACUAAAA